GGUGCUAAGCGAGCAUUUCUCCAAUCAUCAGACCAUAUAAACACAUUAGUGUUCUCCACUGUUGAAAAAAUGAAAACCCCAAUCUUGGUUCCUUUGAUCCUUCUGCUGGGGAUCACACUAACAACGAGUACUGGGCAGUACCAAUUCGGAGACAUCAUUGCAUUUGAGAGAACGUGUGUAGGAGAUAAAACAGUCUACAAGCACUAUGCUAUUUAUGUGGGCCCAAGUACAGGAAUAGACGUCGGCCAAGGAGAUAACGACAUAUAUCACCUCACAGGUAAAGGAUGCAUGGUUUCUGAGGCUAAGUUUGGUAAACUUAACGACGUGAAGAAAACGUCAAAAGUCUUAAAGGACAAUUACCUCGAUGAUCAUGGCUACAAAAUGAAAUAUGACAAAGGCUUCGAGGAUCAGGUGAAGAAGCGAAUUGGGGACACACGUGGACAAUGGAGCUUCUAUAGACUCUUCAACAACAACUGUGAACAAUUUGCUACCCAGAUCCGCUACGGGGUGCCCAGUCUUCAGCAGAAAGGCACAAUGGCUGAAUCUGUUUUAAAAGGAAAGGAGUCAGCAACUAAAGUGCUGGAGAACAUAGCCAAACACAUGACCAUGGAGACGCAGUGUCCUUUUACUGAUGGCUAACAAGUGUCUCACCAUCUACAUCUGUCUUUCAGCCUUUCUUGCUCUCCUCUUCUUUACUCACAUGACGUGAGGUCUUAUUCUAAAUAAAUAAUAAUUAGCAAGAA